AUGCCAGGGCCGUGGGGGACCCUUUGUUUUCUAGGCGUUGCUCAGGUUUGCAGUUUCUUGUUUUCCUGGUGGAAUUUGGAAGGGGUCAUGCAUCAAACUGACGCUCCUCGACCCCUCAACUGGACUAUCCGGAAGCUAUGCCACGCAGCCUUUCUCCCAUCUGUCAGACUUCUUAAGGCUCAGAAAUCCUGGAUAGAAAGAGCGUUUUAUAAAAGAGAAUGUGUUCACAUCAUACCCAGCACCAAAGACCCCCACAGGUGUUGCUGUGGGCGUCUGAUAGGCCAGCAUAUCGGCCUCACUCCCAGCAUCUCGGUUCUUCAAAAUGAGAAAAAUGAAAGUCGCCUCUCCCGAAAUGACAUCCAGUCCGAGAAGUGGUCCAUCAGCAAGCACACUCAACUCAGCCCAACAGAUGCUUUUGGGACCAUUGAGUUCCAAGGAGGUGGCCAUUCCAACAAAGCCAUGUACGUGCGUGUGUCUUUUGAUACAAAGCCUGAUCUCCUCCUACACCUGAUGACCAAGGAAUGGCAACUGGAACUUCCCAAGCUUCUCAUCUCUGUUCACGGGGGCCUGCAGAACUUUGAACUCCAGCCAAAACUCAAGCAAGUCUUUGGGAAAGGUCUCAUCAAAGCUGCCAUGACAACUGGGGCGUGGAUAUUCACUGGAGGGGUUAACACAGGUGUUAUUCGUCAUGUUGGAGACGCAUUGAAGGACCAUGCAUCGAAAUCUCGGGGGAAGAUAUGCACCAUAGGCAUUGCCCCCUGGGGAAUUGUGGAGAACCAAGAGGACUUGAUUGGGAGAGAUGUUGUCCGGCCAUACCAGACCAUGUCCAAUCCCAUCAGCAAGCUCACUGUUCUCAACAGCAUGCAUUCCCAUUUCAUUCUGGCUGACAACGGGACAACUGGAAAAUAUGGAGCAGAGGUGAAACUUCGGAGACAAUUAGAAAAGCAUAUUUCACUCCAGAAGAUAAAUACAAGAAUCGGUCAAGGCGUUCCAGUGGUGGCGCUCAUUGUGGAAGGAGGACCCAACGUGAUCUCCAUUGUUCUGGAGUACCUUCGAGACACACCUCCCGUGCCUGUUGUUGUCUGUGACGGGAGCGGACGGGCAUCUGACAUCCUGGCGUUUGGGCAUAAGUAUUCAGAGGAAGGCGGACUUAUAAAUGAAUCUUUGAGGGACCAGCUAUUGGUGACCAUACAGAAGACUUUCACAUACACUCGGACUCAAGCUCAGCACCUCUUCAUCAUCCUCAUGGAGUGCAUGAAGAAGAAGGAAUUGAUAACGGUAUUUCGGAUGGGAUCAGAAGGACAUCAGGACAUUGAUUUAGCUAUCCUGACAGCUUUACUCAAAGGAGCCAAUGCCUCGGCCCCAGACCAACUGAGCUUAGCUUUAGCCUGGAACAGAGUUGACAUCGCUCGCAGCCAGAUCUUUAUUUAUGGGCAACAGUGGCCGGUGGGGUCUCUGGAGCAAGCCAUGUUGGAUGCCCUAGUGCUGGACAGAGUGGAUUUUGUGAAAUUACUCAUAGAGAACGGAGUAAGCAUGCACCGUUUUCUCACCAUCUCCAGACUAGAGGAAUUGUACAAUACGAGACAUGGGCCCUCAAAUACACUGUACCACUUGGUCAGGGAUGUCAAAAAGCGAGAAUAUCCAGGUUUCGGUUGGAUCUAUUUUAAGCCCAAAGCCUUGAAACUUCUAGGAAUGGAGGACGACGUUCCCUUGAGGCGAGGAAGAAAGACAACCAAGAAGCGUGAAGAAGAGGUGGACAUUGAUUUAGAUGACCCUGAGAUCAACCACUUCCCUUUCCCCUUCCAUGAGCUGAUGGUGUGGGCUGUCCUGAUGAAGCGGCAGAAGAUGGCCUUGUUCUUCUGGCAGCACGGUGAGGAGGCCAUGGCCAAGGCUCUGGUGGCCUGUAAGCUCUGCAAAGCCAUGGCUCAUGAGGCCUCCGAGAAUGACAUGGUCGACGACAUCUCCCAAGAGCUGAACCACAACUCCAGGUUGGCCACUCCAGUAAUUCUGGGAAUUCUACUUCCUCCUUCAAUUCUCAGCUUGGAGUUCAAGAACAAAGACGACAUGCCCUAUAUGUCUCAGGCCCAGGAAAUCCAUCUCCAAGAGAAGGAACCAGAAGAACCAGAGAAGCCUACAAAGGAAAAAGACGAAGAAGACAUGGAACUGACAGCAAUGUUGGGACGCAACAACGGGGAGUCCUCAAGGAAGAAGGAUGAAGAGGAAGUUCAGAGCAGGCACCGGUUAAUCCCCCUGGGCAGAAAAAUCUAUGAAUUCUACAAUGCACCCAUCGUGAAGUUCUGGUUCUACACACUGGCAUACAUCGGAUACCUGAUGCUCUUCAACUAUAUCGUGUUAGUGAAGAUGGAACGCUGGCCUUCUACGCAGGAAUGGAUUGUCAUUUCCUAUAUUUUCACCUUGGGAAUAGAGAAGAUGAGAGAGAUUCUCAUGUCCGAGCCAGGGAAGUUGCUACAAAAAGUGAAGGUGUGGCUUCAAGAAUACUGGAAUGUCACAGACCUCAUAGCCAUUCUUCUGUUCUCGGUGGGAAUGAUCCUUCGUCUCCAAGACCAGCCCUUCAGGAGUGACGGAAGGGUCAUCUAUUGUGUGAACAUAAUUUAUUGGUACAUCCGUCUACUAGACAUCUUCGGCGUGAACAAGUAUUUGGGCCCCUAUGUGAUGAUGAUUGGAAAAAUGAUGAUAGACAUGAUGUACUUUGUCAUUAUUAUGCUGGUGGUGCUGAUGAGCUUUGGGGUCGCAAGGCAAGCCAUCCUCUUUCCCAACGAGGAGCCGUCAUGGAAACUGGCCAAGAACAUCUUCUACAUGCCCUAUUGGAUGAUUUAUGGGGAAGUGUUUGCGGACCAGAUAGACCCUCCCUGUGGCCAGAAUGAGACCCGGGAGGAUGGUAAAAUAAUCCAGCUGCCUCCCUGCAAGACAGGAGCCUGGAUCGUGCCAGCCAUCAUGGCCUGCUACCUCUUGGUGGCAAACAUCCUGCUGGUCAACCUCCUCAUUGCUGUCUUUAACAAUACAUUCUUUGAGGUAAAAUCGAUAUCCAAUCAAGUGUGGAAGUUUCAAAGGUAUCAGCUCAUCAUGACUUUCCAUGAGAGGCCAGUUCUGCCCCCGCCUCUGAUCAUCUUCAGCCACAUGACCAUGCUAUUCCAGCACCUGUGCUGCCGAUGGAGGAAGCACGAGAGCGAUCCAGAUGAAAGAGACUACGGCCUGAAACUCUUCAUAACUGAUGACGAACUCAAGAAAGUACAUGAUUUCGAAGAGCAGUGCAUAGAAGAAUAUUUCAGGGAAAAGGAUGAUCGAUUCAACUCAUCCAAUGAUGAAAGGAUACGGGUGACUUCAGAAAGGGUGGAGAACAUGUCCAUGAGGUUGGAAGAAGUCAACGAGAGAGAGCACUGCAUGAAGGCCUCACUCCAGACUGUGGACAUCCGGCUUGCACAGCUUGAGGACCUCAUUGGUCGCAUGGCCACGGCCCUGGAACGCCUGACUGGUCUGGAACGGGCUGAGUCCAACAAAAUCCACUCGCGAACCUCCUCAGACUGCACAGAUGCAGCCUACAUCGUCCGCCAGAGCAGCUUCAACAGCCAAGAGGGGAAUACCUUCAAGCUCCAGGAGAGUAUAGAUCCUGCAGGUGAGGAGACCAUGUCCCCAACUUCUCCAACAUUAAUGCCCCGUAUGCGAAGCCAUUCUUUCUAUGCAGUCAGUAUGAAAGACAAAGGUGGUAUAGAAAAGUUGGAAAGUAUUUUUAAAGAAAGGUCCCUGAGCCUGCACCGGGCUACUAGUUCCCACUCUGUAUCAAAAGAACCCAAAGCUCCCGCAGCCCCUACAAACACCUUGGCCAUCGUCCCCGACUCCAGAAGACCGUCAUCAUGUAUAGACAUCUAUGUCUCCACCAUGGAUGAGCUCCACUGUGAUAUAGACACAGUAGACCCUCUCGACAAUUCCAUGAACAUCCUUGGGCUGGGCGAGCCAAGCUUUUCGGUUCCAGCACCUUCCACAGCCCCUUCAAGUAGUGCCUAUGCAACUCUUGCACCCACAGACAGACCUCCAAGCCGGAGCACUGAUUUUGAGGACAUCACCUCCAUGGACACUAGAUCUUUUUCUUUAGAUUAUACCCAUCUCCCAGAUUGCCAAAACCCCUGGGACUCAGACCCUCCAAUGUAUCACACCAUUGAACGUUCCAAAAGUAGCCGCUACCUAGCCACCACACCCUUUCUUCUGGAAGAGGCCCCCAUUGUGAAAUCUCAUAGCUUUAUGUUUUCUCCCUCGAGGAGCUAUUAUGCCAACUUUGGGGUGCCCAUGAAAACAGCGGAAUAUACAAGUAUUACAGACUGUAUUGACACAAGGUGUGUCAAUGCCCCUCAAGCAAUUGCUGACAGAGCCACAUUCCCUGGAGGUCUCAGAGACAAAGUGGAGGACUUAUCUUGCUGCCAUCCAGAGAGAGAAGCAGAACUGAGUCACCCCAGCUCUGACAGUGAGGAGAAUGAGGCCAAAGGCCGGAGAGCCGCCAUCACACUAUCCUCCCAGGAGAGCGAGAACUCAGACAGAACCCUGUCCAACAACAUCACUGUUCCCAAGAUAGAGCGUGCCAACAGCUACUCAGCAGAGGAGCCAAGUGUGCCAUAUACACACACCAGGAAGAGCUUCUCCAUCAGUGACAAACUCGACAGGCAACGGAACACAGGAAGCCUGCGAAACCCCUUCCAGAGGAGUAAGUCCUCCAAGCCGGAGGGCCAAGGGGACAACCUGUCCAUGAGGAGAUUGUCCAGAAUGUCUGCUUUCCGCAGCUUUGAAAGCAAGCACAACUAA